AUGCCCCUCAGAGAGAAUGUGGAACCAGAAGCAUUACCAGAAGUAACUAUAACUGCCAGUCUUUUACUUUGCAAAGAGAAUAGAAAGACUGAUGAAUUCUUAGACUUGGUGCAAAAGAAAACUUCAACACGAGACAGUGAAGAAUCUAAAGGACCAAGAGGCACCCACAAUUUCUCAGAAUAUUUUUCUGUAAAAAACAUUCCAAUUCUUAAUAAUCAGCAAAAAAUUACUCAUCUUAAAGGGA